AUGGGCGAGAAGCAAGUCGAUGAAUUAGACAAAGCCACAGAAAAUCAAGUUGAGUCAUCAGAUAGUCCACAGGUGAAGGCAACUGCUUUUGUCAAAGCAUAUGUUCCUUCGAUCCCAUUUCCACAGAGAUUGCAAAAACAUAAGCUCAAUAAGCAAUUCCAGAAAUUUUUGGAUGUGUUCAAAAAGUUGCACAUUAACAUACCAUUUGCUACAACUUUAGCUCAAAUGCCCAACUAUGCCAAGCUCAUGAAAGAUAUUCUCUCAAAUAAGAUGAAACUAGAGGACAAUGAAACUGUCGUGCUUACUGAAGAGUGUAGCGUAAUUCUCCAACAUAAGUUACCGUCGAAGUUAAAAGAUCCAGGGAGUUUUACUAUUCCUUGUAACAUUGGUAAUUCAUAUAUAGAUAAAGCAUUGUGUGAUUUAGGAUUGGCUGACAGGUCGAUCAAGCACCCUAGAGGUAUUUGUGAAGAUAUUUUGGUGAAGGUCGACAAGUUUAUCUUCCCAACAGACUUCAUUAUUUCAGAUAUGGAGGAAGAUAGGGGCGUUCUCCUCAUAUUGGGUCGCCCAUUUUUUGCUACGAGAAGGGCUCUGAUAGAUGUGCAAAGGGGUCUGCUGUUAUUGAGGUUAAAUCCGACUAUGCAAGAAGUGGUAAGGAAAGAGGUAUUAAAGCUUCUAGAUGCAUGGAUCAUCUACCCCAUAUCAGACAGACAUUGGGCGAGUCCAGUACAGAUGUUAGAGAGACUUACUGAACAUGCUUACUACUGCUUCUUGGAUGGUUAUUCGGGGUACAAUCAAAUUCCUAUAGCGCCAGAUGAUCAAGAGAAAAUGACCUUUACAUGCCCUUAUGACAUUUUUGCUAAUAGGAGGAUGCUCUUCGGUCUUUGCAACGCUCCUGCCACAUUUCAGAGGUUAGCUCUAAAAGGAGUUCUUAGCCCUUCUUUAAUCUGUCUCUGA